AUGAAAAUCCUUGUGUUACUUCUGGUGGUGCUGGCCAUCUUUGGAACACAAUCUCAUGGAUUCGAGGUUUAUAACAUCAUCAGCCCAAACAACAAUGGUGGCAAUAUUCAACAGACAGUGACAAUCGAUAAUGAGAAAAAUACAGCCAUCGUUAACAUCCAUUCCGGAUCAUGCUCUUCUACCACGGUUUUUGACUAUAAACACGGUUACAUCGCAUCCAGAGUCCUCUCCCGAAGAGCCUGCUUCAUCAUGAAGAUGGAUCAUAAAGCCAUCCCUGCUCUGGACCAACUCAAACGGUACAUCUACGAGAGGCAGGCUCUGAACACCAUGUUCUCGGACAAGUACACCUGGGUCAAGUACAACCCACUGCAGUCUCUGAUCACAGACGUGAAAUGGUUUUUGUUCGGGUCACCCAUCGAGAAGCUCUGCAAACACAUCCCCUUGUAUAAGGCGGAAGUGGUUGAAAAGCCACAUGACGUUGGUGCUAAUGGCUGCGCAAAGGUUGGGCUCCUGGGCAUCUUAGGGAUUUCCAUCUGUGGAGACAUUCAUGUUUAA